ACCACCACCCCCAAAACGAAAAACGCUGAAGUGCGAAAGGGGAGAAGAGAAAGAAAAUAGAGAAGCACUCCUUCUAUACUAAUAAUACCACUCUUUACGACUUCACCUCAGCUUCCAUUUGCUGUAAUUUUAACUCGCAACUUCCUUCCCCAUUUCCCACUCUCUCUGUGUAAAUUCAUCUUUCAAUACGUCAAACCAAUGCCCGCUUCUUCUUCAGAUGGUCGAGGUCGAUGGAAACGGCGGAAGCGAGAGCGGAGAUCGAAGCACCAGUUGGAAGAAAAGGAUGUGGUUCUAGAGGAGGAGGAAGAGAAUAACAACGAUGACAUUGAGAACUCCGGGGACGAUGUCGGCGUAGCGACUACGCAUCUAUCUUUGGCGGGUUCCAGCGAGAGUGAAGUCCUUGCCGACGGUAGAGUUCGCAUCGCGGAGUUCCCCUCCGUGGUGAAGAGGACGGUGAACCGUCCUCACAGUUCCGUGAUGGCGAUCGUGUCGUCUGAACGGGCGGGUUUGAUUGGGGAUAGCAAGGGACAUCAGCAGGCUGAGCUGGCGGUUUUGGAGAAUGUUUCGCACGGGCAGUUACAGGCGGUUUCGAUGGAAUCCCCCGAUCCGGAGAAGUAUGUGUUUACCCCUCCUCCUAUAAUGGAGGGGCGUGGUGUUGUUAGGAGGUUUGGGAGUAGGGUUCAUGCCCUGCCAAUGCAUUCAGACUGGUUUUUGCCAUCCACCGUGCAUCGAAUAGAAAGACAAGUUGUGCCACUUUUCUUCUCCGGGAAAUCACUAGAACAUACGCCAGAGAAAUAUAUUGAAUGCAGAAACCAAAUUGUUGUCAAAUACAUGGAUAAACCAGAGAAGAGAAUUACAGUUUCUGAUUGUCAGCGGUUGGUAAAUGGUAUCAGUGAUGAGGAUUUAACUCGAAUUUUUCGGUUUCUUGAUCAUUGGGGAAUUAUCAAUUAUUGUGCAGCUGCUCCAAGUCAUGAGCCAUGGAAAGUUGGAUCCUACUUCAGGGAGGAUUCAAAUGGCGAGGUUCAUGUUCCAUCAGAUGCUAUAAAGUCUGUUGAUAGUUUGAUCAAAUUUGACAAUCCCAAAUGUAGGCUUAAGGCAGCAGAUGUUUAUUCCCCAUUGUCAUGUCAUGAUAAUGAUGCCUCUGACUUGGACAACAGAAUACGAGAGCGCUUAUCUGAAAACUAUUGCAGUUCUUGUUCACAGCCUACUCCCACUUCAUAUUAUCUGUCUCAAAAGGAGGUUGAUACACUUCUUUGCUCUGAUUGCUUCCAUGAUGGGAGAUUUAUUUCUGGUCACUCAAGCAUAGAUUUUGUUAGGGUAGAGUCAACAAAAGAUUAUGGUGACCUAGAUGGAGAAAGUUGGAGUGAUCAGGAAACACUAUUGCUGCUUGAGGCAAUGGAAAUUUACAAUGACAACUGGAAUGAAAUAGCUGAGCAUGUUCGUACUAAGUCAAAAGCACAGUGCAUACUUCAUUUUUUACGCCUACCCAUGGCUGAGGGCCAAUUGGAAGAUAUGGAAGUCCCUAGCAUGCCCAAAUCAGUGAUUGUUUCAAAUGGAGAUGGCAGUGGAAGAUUGCACUCAAGUAUGAACAGGAGACUACCAGGACCCAACCUUCAAGACGUAGAUUCUGAAAGCAGGCUUCCUUUUACAAAUUCUGGGAAUCCAGUAAUGGCUAUGGUUGCUUUUCUGGCCUCUGCUGUUGGGCCCAGAGUUGCUGCAGUUUGUGCCCAUGCGUCCUUGGCAACUUUGUCUGAAGGUGAAAACACAGCAAAGCAUCGUUCAUUUGAUCAAAACGAGGCAGAGGUUCAUCCACUACCAGAAGAAAAGGUUAAAGCUGCUGCCAAAGCUGGUCUUGCAGCUGCAUCUAUGAAGGCAAAACUAUUUGCAGAUCAUGAGGAACGAGAAAUUCAAAGAUUGUCAGCUAAUAUCAUAAACCAUCAGUUGAAGAGAUUGGAGCUGAAGCUGAAGCAGUUUACAGAAAUAGAAACCUUACUCAUGAAAGAAUGUGAACAAGUGGAGAAAACAAGGCAAAGGUUUACUGCUGAGAGGACCCGAAUUGUAGCGACACGAUUUGGGCCUGCCGGGGUCACUUCACAAAUGAGUCAAACAGGUGUUGCUUCUCCUAUGGCUAACAAUAACAUCAGCAACAACGGGCAACAGGUAUUGUCAUCCUCACCUUCAUAUCCAAGCAUUUCUGGAUAUGGCAACCAAUCCGUACAUCCCCAUCUGUCUUUCAUGCAACAUCAACAGAUGCUUCCAAUGGGCCCAAGGUUGCCGCUUACAGCCAUGCAGGCAUCCACUUCGGCUUCUCCGAAUACCAUGUUUAACUCCCUGGGGAAUACGCAACCAACUAUUAACCAUCCUCUAAUGAGGUCAGUCUCUCGGACUAGCUUUUAGGAUCGAAUUUCAUUGGCAUUGUUUCUAUGUUUGUGCAUUUAGAAGAGGACAGGUAGCCUGGAUAAACAGAGGAAGCCUACCUAUUGCAGCUUCUACACGUAGAAGUUACCUGAACCAAUGUUUAGGGUUUGUAACAUCAUGCAAGUUAAGGUAGCAUUUGGAUUUAAUCGUGAACUUGUCUUAUAAUUUUUUUAACAAUCUGGGCAAGUACCAAAGAAAUACAAAGAUUUGAUGCACAAAACCAUGUACAAUACUCCAGUACACAUAAUUGUAUGCUUGAUGUUAUGCUUAGAAUCAUACACAGGGAUGGACAUAAGAGGCUUGCGAAAUCCCUGAUCAUGCACCGCAUUGACGCUCGGCAAAUCCCACUGUGGUGCCGUGGCCGGGCAUUUUAUUGAGCCAAUGACAAUCCUCAAGCACAAUGGCUCCUCUUCGGCCACUCCACGACAUCCGGAUUGAUGUGAAAUGGGGCCCAUGAAGAGGUCCCAUCUUCGUAAGGGCUGUGGGUCAGCCUCUUCAAAUCAGAGCCGUCUAAUUUGAUCGUGUAUACCUCACCAUAUGGACCAAAAUUAUGUGGGUUUGAGAUUGGCUCGGAUGAUAUUCCUGCAUAAUCUGUUGUAAAUGUUAUCAUCUUUCCAUCCGGACUGAAUGACGGGUGCAUGAUCCGACCGGAUGACCCACUAUUGAUAAACUUCCUUAAUCUGGUACCGUUCGGGUUGAUUAGGUACAUCUCAAAACUAUCAGGACCCGGGAUAUGUUGAUCCGAAGAAAAAGCGAUCCAAUCAUCGUUCGGUGACCAAUUAGCCAUUGUAUCAGUCCAUGGACCAUUCGUUAAUCUUUCGAUCCAGCCCUUUUCUCCUUCGAUUGCAUCCAUUAUAUAUAAGUUUUUGUGUCCUGGUCGACCUGAUCUGAAAACAAUUCGUUUCCCAUAUGGUGAAGGUGAGGGAAAUACAUUAUUUUUACCAUCAUUGGUCAAACUUUUAUAAUUUGAGCGGCUAACUGCGUCAACGUCGACGGCUAUAAUAUGAACUUCAGUAUUCACACUUGAAAACAACUUCUGUAAAAUUCAUGGAAGAUGUAACAUCUUUUGCGAAGAUGUAAUUUUUGGGUCAUUGGAGAGGGGGAGUGGGAGUAGGUGUACCAAUUUUAUUUUUUUUAUUAUGCGAUUAUUAACAUGAUGUUGAUGUUUAAAACCUUA